UCACAAACUGUAGUAAAAAAUUUGCGCACAUUUUGAACAUACAUUCGAAUACAAGAUAUGGACAAACAGUGACCACAACAGUGACCACAACAGUGACCACAACAGUGACCACAACAGUGACCACAACAACGGCAAUGACAAUACAUUGGUAUUAAUGUGACAAACAAUUACAGUCUUUUGUCAUUAUGUCUGAAGAUAGUAAUGACAGCAAUGAAGUGUACUUCGAGGCGAACGAUCACUUUGUCGACGAAGACAAACAACACAAUCAUAACAAUAAAGACAAUGAGUUUGAACACAAAAGACYCGUUUGUGAUAAACAAGUUUCCAGUGAUGUCUACUCUAAGGAUAAUAAUAUCCAUAAAAUAACAGAUUCAUUGGUUAUUAAAGACAAAAACUCUAUCAAAGAGACAAUUGUUUUAAACAACAAAUCAGUCAAAUCAGGUCUAAUAGUCAACACUGAAAAGAGUCCUUUUGAAGUGACAAUUCUUAAUGAAGAUGACAUUGAAAUUAAUGCAAACGAUAUAGAGAUGAGUUCUAAGGAAAGUCUUAGCUUUUUAGUGAUUGUCGUAAUUGUUAUUAUUAUUGACCUAUUCAUAAUAUGCGGAACAGCUCAUUGGAUAUAUAACUACUUGGGUGGUAUGGAUUGGUAUCUCAAAGAGAAAACUCAUUUCAAUUUCCACAUAUUCUUCAUGUCUUUAGGAAUAUUUAUUUUUGGUAUUGGAAUGAUAGCGCAUCGCCUGUUCCGGGGUUUGGCUUCCGGAGCCCUGAAUUGUUUGCAUACAACACUUACUAUGAUUUGUCUCAUAUUGUUUACGAUAGGCAUAUGCGCUGCCUAUACGUCACUAAAUACUGUUAAAAGUAUACACUUUUAUUCAGUGCACUCAUGGUUAGGAUUGUUAGCUAUGAUAUCGUUUCUGUUUCAAUGGCUAUCGGCAGUCAUUAUAUUUAUAUUUCCACGAUUUGUAUAUGAAAUUCAAAUCCUUAUAAUACCAAUCCAUACGUUUUUUGGACGACUAGUUUUCACACUAUUUUGUUGCACUGCUAUUGUUGGCAUUUCCGAUAAAUUGCGUAUAACAGCCACCGAUUUAGAAGGAUUGGGACCAAUUGACAAAACCAUUAUUAUUGAUACCAAUGAAACUAUACCUCGAUAUAUCAGAAGAGAUACCGAUACAUAUUGGGAAAUACCUAAAGAAGUAUUUUUAUGUAACAUUAUAUCCAUUACUAUUGGUUUUUAUGCUAUUUUUAUAAACUAUUUGUCGACAAAUAAUAAUUAUAGAAGAAGACCACUUUCAGAGGAACAGGGAAUUGAACCUAUCAUUGAUUCUGUUAAUACUAUACGAUAA